CUUUACUCCGCCAGUACACAGUAGGAUGUAUGCGUGUGAGAUCGAGGGAAAGCGGUCAACAGGAUGUACUUCAUCUACCAGCUACCUCCACCAAUCUCACUCAUCCUCAUCAUCUCAUUCAUAUCCACAUCAGUCUACAUCAACCUACGGCUCACCAGAUUCGUACUCAAGACUUAUGCCGGAUUACUCCAGAGGAGAAACCUCAAGAAUCGGGCCAAAUUACUCUCUCUGAUCGGGAUCAAGGAUGAAGGAACCGCAACCAAGAAGGUGAUCAUCGGAUUCUUACAUCCCUAUUGUAAUGCUGGCGGUGGAGGCGAAAGAGUGCUCUGGACAGCCGUGGCACUACAUCAACGAACCGAACCUGAUACGAUCUGCGCGAUCUAUACUGGUGAUCUCGAGGUAUCCAAGCAAGAAAUCAUUCAUAAAGUUAAGAGUCGCUUUGGGAUCAUACUCGACCCAUCUUCCUUGCUCUUGGUCCCCUUGAAAACUCGCUAUCUCGUCGAAGCAUCUACCUGGCCUCGUUGUACCCUACUAGGCCAAUCUCUCGGAAGUCUCGUCUUGGGAUAUGAGGCUCUUUCGGCUCUGAUCCCUGACAUUUAUAUCGAUACGAUGGGCUAUGCAUUUACCUUUCCUGUCUUUCGAUUGCUCACCGACGUACCCAUCGGCGCAUACGUCCAUUACCCCACAAUCAGUAAUGACAUGCUCCAACGAGUCUCGAGAAGAAAUUCAGCACAUAACAAUAGUUCCACCAUCAGUAAUAGUGUUGUCCUAAGCUAUGCUAAACUGAUCUAUUACAUCAUCUUCGCAGAGCUGUACUCUUUCUGUCUAAGGCAGGCCCAUCAUCUCAUGGUCAAUUCGAGUUGGACGAAAAACCAUAUCGAUCGCCUACUCCAACCAUGGUUAUAUCGGGACGAGGUGGAGAGUGAAGAAACUCCCCAAGACUGGACCACCUCCUCGGAUCCAUCCCAAUCCAAAUCCCUGAAACCUGGUGGCCUUCGUCUCCGAAUUCCUUCAACAAAGGAUGAGCGGAAUGAUACAACUAACAUCCCCAAAAGAAAAAGUAGAAAAUUCGUCAGAUCGACUGUUGUUUAUCCUCCCUGUGAUGUCGAAAGCUUUCUCGAUUUCCCCAUCUCUCCCCGCAAGUUGACGAUCCUUUCGAUCUCCCAAUUCCGACCGGAGAAAGAUCAAGGAACGCAGAUCAAGGCAUUUGCGCGAUUCUUGUCGACUUUAGAGUCCGAUGAUCCUCGACGAACGGAGAUCAAGUUGGUUCUGGCAGGCAGCUGUAGAGACCAUGCCGACCAUGAAAGGGUCGCUCAGUUGAAGGAGUUGGCUCAUCAACUCGGAGUCUCGCAGACGGUCCUUUUCUUGGUUAAUGUUAGCUGGGAUCAGUUGAAGAAUCUCUUGAAGGAAUCGUUGGUCGGUAUUAGUACGAUGAUCGACGAACAUUUCGGGAUCAGUAUCGUUGAAUUCAUGGCAUCGGGUAUGAUUCCAUUAGUCCAUCGUUCCGCCGGUCCAUUACUCGACAUCGUCGUCCCAUUAGGUCAUCAUCAUCAAGGCUCGGAAGAAAGACGGACAGGAUUCCAUGCAGAUGGGGAGGCUGAAUACGCCGCCCACCUCGCACACAUCUUCUGCUCCUUAAGUCCCGACGAACGCAUCCAGAUCCAAUCCGACGCCCGUCUACUCGCUCGCACUAAGUUCGGCGUCGGCCAGUUCGAACGGCUUUGGAUCAACUCCUUUCGACAAAUCGUCGCUAAAAAUCAGCCCGAUUGAAAGUCCGGCGUAUUUUUUUCCCUUUCUCUUUCUUUGAACUUACGUAUUUGCGUUUUUUGUUUGUUUGUUUGAUCGGGUUGGUCUCUCGGGCCUUCUUAAUUUAUGGCUUGUUUUUCAUUCUUUCCACAUUAACAAAACUCAAAGAAGUAAUGAUGAUCGUGAUGAUCAAAGGUCUCUAAAGAUUUGUUAUGCUUCGUUGGAUGGUCCUCGUUCCACCCAACGAUAUAUGUAUU